UCUUUUUUUUUUACUCGGGGUGUUUUGACGAGGAGCGCUCCGUCCGAGGCGUGACAACGGAGGCGCGUUCACGGGGUCGCCACCGGCUUCUGCGCUGAACUAAAGGGAGAAAGCAUCACUAUCUAGCACCAUCACAAAGCUUUCUUUACCCACACAUAACGGAGAAAUAUUAGAGGUUACAUUUAAAACCAACAGCGCGAGAGAACAGGUCGCCAAAGGAGACCGGGGGUGGGGGGAGACGCGCAUCCCAGCCGUGCAGACUCAGCGGUAGUACAGUAGUGGUGAUAGGGGGCAGUUUCGGGGAUUUUCCGUUUCGGUUACCCGGUGCUUCACACACCCUGUGCCUUUGAGCCAGCAGCGGGGAGGGAGAGAGAGGAGGAGGAGGACCAUGGAGGGGAUGCAGGCAUACGGAGCCGGGAAAGCCGGAGGAGCCUUCGACCCCGUCACCUUCCUCCAGCAGCCUCAGACCAUUCUCCGCAUAGUGUCUUGGCUCUUCUCCAUUGUGAUCUUCGGCUGCAUCGCCAAUGAGGGCUACAUCAAUCAGGCCAAAGAAGAGGAGGAGUACUGCAUCUUCAACCGCAACCAAAACGCCUGCAAUUAUGGGGUGUUUAUGGGCUCCAUGGCAUUUCUUUGCUGUGUGGGCUUCCUGGCUCUGGACAUCUAUUUCCCUCAGAUCAGCAGCGUCAAAGACCGCAAGAAAGCUGUGCUGGCUGAUAUUGGGUUGUCAGCAUUCUGGUCCUUCAUGUGGUUUGUGGGUUUCUGUUUCUUGGCCAACCAGUGGCAGGUGUCUGAGGACAACCAAUUUAAAGAGAGAGGGGACGCUGCCCGAGCAGCCAUCACCUUCUCCUUCUUCUCCAUCUUCACUUGGGCGGGCCAGUCUUUCCUGGCCUUCCAGAGAUACAAGCUAGGGGCCGACUCGGCCCUCUUCUCCCAGGACUACACAGACCCCAGCCAGGAUGCAGCCGGAGCCCCCUACACCUCAUUCGGUGGGGAUGACCUGGAGAGCCCGGGAGGAGGAGGAGGCCAGACCAACAGUGACGGGGCCUUCGAUGGAUCCGGAGGCUACCAGCGUCAAGAAUACUGAGAUGUUAGGAGAGAUUUAUGUAUGCUGAUGAAGUUGUCCAAAGUUUCUACUUCAAAAUAAUAUUUGUGCUGUUUUGUGUUACACAAGAAACACUGAAUCCAUUACUUAGUGUAUUGGGCAGAUCUUUUAUCACAUCCUAGAUCCAACAACCUCAAGUUUUGAGUUGGAAAUUUAUUGCUACAAUUUACUGUUUUUAUUGUUACGUGCAGGGGUUAAAGUGGGAUCUGGCAGGUGAGGAAACCUGAAGAUCGGGUGUAGCGGUGCAGCAUGGGGAGAAAAGAUUUACUUUGAAAUAAUUCACAUAAAAUCCUUGUUUGGUUUUUGAGUUCCAGCAGAUUUUUCUUUGUGUACAUGCUGUGACUCGAUAUUCACUGUUAUUCACAAGAUGUAAGCAGUUGCAUGUAUGGCUGAUUUCACCUAGACAGUAAAAAGUUAGUAUAAAAAGACCGGAUUCUAUGAGUAAGUGUGUUCCACGCCAUCACCUUAAAUGUAAAUUGAUGUCUGCUACCCCUGAUGUAAGCUAACACCACAACACCACAGCCUAUAACAGUCUAACAUAGUGCAUCAUUGUAAGCUCUAUCACAGUACUGCAAACUAACUACACUAACCUGCAGUCUUUGACUAUCUAAAAUGAGUAUACUUCAAUUAGUUUGACAACACGUGUAGAAACCAAUUCUAUUACAGCUUUAAAUUCAUCUCUGAGAUGAAAUUCUCUCUGGGAAGUACACUAAGUUGCUCCAUUUAUUCUCCUCGUCUUUAGUGCGAGGAAGAUGCUGAAGUACCACGACCACAACUUUACAUCUGCACCAUGAACACAUCACAGGGAUGAGAAGGAAAAGGCGACGUGUUAAUGUGUAAAAGCUCUGUCGUGUGUUGUUAUUUUCUUAUUACUGAGCAAGUGUCUCCAGGCCAUCACUGGAAGUAACACCAGGCUGAAGCAUAAGAAAAAUGAACUCAUUCCACAAUCAUUUAUUAUUUAUUAACUCAAGGUACCAGAAAAUUGUUAAGACCCACUUUAACCCCUGGUUACGUGCACAAAAUAAUGUGCCUGUGACAAUAAAUAAUGUAAAGAAAACAUUAUUAAAGGUCAGUACAACAAAAAAGUGUAUUUUUAAAAUGAACAGGGAGAGAUUAUGACAUUUUACAUUUAAGACUUACACCAACGAUCAGCUCAGUUGACUUUGUGAUCUUAACAACAGCUUCUGCAUUUAGGUGGUGAUUUUUAUCCCAUGUGACAAACACUGUAGUAAUCAGAAGAAGUUAAUGUCAUCAAUUCUGGCAAGUUUAUAUGUCUUUUUGUCAAAAAAAAAAAAACUCCACAAAGAGAUCUUGGGCAUCCCCCAGAUUUUGGAUGCAUAGGUAACAGGUGGUGAUCUCAGGAAGGUGCAGUUAGGCAGACAAACAUCAGUGGGUUCACUUCAUCCUUGGGAAGGAGCUACAGGAUGCAAACAGAUGCCAGGUUUUACUGGAGGUGUUAAUUCGGGGUUUGGGGGCUGGGGGUGGAUUAGAAACUAUCGGCAGGUCACCCUGUAGCUGAUCAAUGCUUGUGACCACACUGCCUUCAAAUUGUGAGGUCUUCAGACAGUCAGCAAAAUAAGUGCGAUAGCUAAAACGCUCCCAAACAGACAUGCACACACAGGUUCACAGCCUAUCGAUGCUGCGAACACAAGUUUUUGCUGACAGAACUCGCCGAUGGGCCAUUACAGAAUAUCAGCAUAGAUAAACAAGCAGCAGUGGCAUAUCAGGCAACUAAUCCCCUCCACUGUAUAAUGAGACUGUGUUUGUCUGCGUGUGUAUUGAAAUUUGUCCUUUUUUUCUUAUUUCCUUGAAAUGUUUUUAUGUUUCCCUGUGAAGCUUUUUCUUUCCUCAAUUGUUGCCUUAGUGCUGACUGCCAAGCAGAAUCCAUCACGCAGGAACACAAGCCUCCACAACACACUGAUGCUCUCUUUCAAAGUCUUAAUGUACAGCAAAAUGAAUUUGGUCUUGUUUUGUCCUUGAGCACGUCAAACCACUUUACAAAAGCAAGCAUUUGUCAUCAGUAUAGAGCGUUCCUUAUCAGCAGGUCUGCGGAAAACUUGUGUGUGUUUUCUGCUCGUUGUCAACAAAUCUGCAGGCAUCCUCAAUAUUUAUGAACAUGCAUCGCUCCAUUUUUUGUGCUCCAUUUUUCUCCAGUAUAUCUGUCUGUAUAAACAUAUGUAAAUCUAUAAUUGAGUAUAUAACAGUGUUCGAAAAAGAUUCUGCUUUAUUUUAGGGCAUUAAGUUAGUUCUAUAUUUAAAAAAGACAAAAGAAAGAAAGCUCUAUGGUCUGUUGAGUGUUAUUGUGAUAAGAUAUAUGGUGAGGUUAUCCAUGCCUCAUCCUUUGUGUUGCUCUCGAGGUAAGGAGAAGUUUUUUAUUUUGGGGAUAACAAUAUUAAAUAUUAAAAUAUACAUACAUACAUAUAUAUAUAUAUAUAUAUAUGGCUACGGAAAAUGUGACCAAAUUAUCAAAGUAUAUAUGCACAUAUAUACUUUAUGCUGUACAUCUGUGUAGACGUAGAAAUGUGUGAUGUUCCUCUGUGAAAUGAAGCAAAUUAAGAUUAAAGAAAAAAACAAUUGUGUACAAAUGUAUGUUUCUGAUGUGGUUUUAACCAAUAAAAAUAAAGAAAAUACUGAACAAA